CGUUGUCUCCAUUGACAUUCCAUGUUAAUACAUGGCGGUAUCUUAUGGAGCUCGGAAGAUGUUAGGUAACUUGGUGAAAGGUAUCAGUAGCUUCACUCGGCUGAAUUAUGGCCUGCAUCACUCCCCACACCCACCGUUCGCUCCCUACUUCCUGGCUGCAUUCUGAAGAUACGUGAAGCUAUAGGACUUUCUUCCUUAUUUUCACUUUUUCACCGUGGAUGAUGCAACGAUGAUUUUACUCUUGACUAUAUUGGCAAGUGUUUUCCAAACAGGCGCCGGUGACGCUAGUAAUCUGAUUUGUUGGUCGCACUCACUCAAGAGCACCACGGCGCAAGCGAGUCUAUGAUAUGGGACGAAGAAAACGGUCAUUGCCUGUUCAGCAGGAAAACAUUGAGGAUUUGGAGGCAAAACAUGCACGAAUUGAGGAAUCUGAUGGAUGGACGGGUGUCAACGAGCACAGCUUCAUAGCUGUGAAACCGGAUGGUGUGCACCGGAGGCUAGUGGGAGAGAUCAUCCUGCGCUUUGAGAAAAAGGGCUUCAGAUUGGUGGGAAUGAAACUAGUCCAGGCGUCCGAGGAUCUCCUGAGAGAGCACUACUGGGACCUGAGAGACAAACCCUUCUUCAAUGGAUUGGUGCGCUACAUGAGCUCUGGACCCAUCGUUGCCAUGGUGUGGCAAGGUCUGGAUGUGGUGAAGAUGUCUCGCAAGAUGCUGGGAGAGACCAACCCGGCAGACUCCCUACCAGGAACCAUCAGAGGAGACUACUGUAUGGAAGUGGGCAGGAAUGUGAUCCAUGGCAGUGACUCUGUGGAGAGCGCUCAGAGAGAGAUCUCUCUGUGGUUCAGGCAGAAUGAGCUACAGUGCUGGGAGGACAGCAGCGGACACUGGAUCUACGAGUGACACACACACACCACUUGUAGACCACCUAAGUGCCUUCAGAAACUAUUCACACCCCUUUACUUUUUCCACAUUUUGUUUUUCCAAGCGGGAUUGAAAUUGAUUUAAUUCUCUUUCUGUCAACGGUCUACACAAUACUUUGUCAAAGUGAAAGAAAUUCUAACAUAUAUACAAAUAUCCAUGAAAAAUAGAACACUAAUAUAUCUUUGAUAAGUAUUCAUACCCCUGAAUCAAUACAUGUUAGAAUAACCUUUGGCAGCAAUUACAGCAGUUAGUCUUUCUGGGUAAGUCUCUAAGAGCUUUGCACACCUGGAUUAUACAAUAUUUGUACAUUAUUCUUUUGAAAAUUCUUCAAGGGCUGUCAGGUUGGGUGUUGAUCAUGCUAGACAGCUAUUUUCAAGUCUUGCCAUAUUUUCAAGCUGUUUUAAGUGAAAACUGCAACUAGGCCACUCAGGAACAUUCAAUGUUGUCUUGGUAAGCAACGCCAUUGCCUUCAGAAAGUAUUCACACCCCUUUUUCCACAUUUUGUUGU